AGUCACCCGGAGGAGUUGGUCGCACAAUUAUGAAAGACUCGGCUUCUGCUGCUAGCGCCGGAGCUGAGUUAGUUCUGAGAAGGUUUCCCUGGGCUGUCCUUGUCCGGCGGCCUCUGCUGCCGCCUCCGGAGACGCUUCCCGAUAGAUGGCUACAGGCCGCGGAGGAGGAGGAGGUGGAGUUGCUGCCCUUCCGGAGUCCGCCCCGUGAGGAGAAUGUCCCAGAAAUCCUGGAUAGAAAGCACUUUGACCAAGAGGGAAUGUGUGUAUAUCAUACCAAGUUCCAAGGAUCCUCACAGAUGCCUUCCAGGAUGUCAGAUUUGUCAGCAACUUGUCAGGUGUUUUUGUGGUCGCUUAGUCAAGCAACAUGCUUGUUUUACUGCAAGUGUUGCCAUGAAAUACUCAGAUGUGAAAUUGGUUGAUCACUUUAAUCAGGCAACAGAGGAAUGGUCUGUGGAAAAGCAUACAGAACAGAGCCCAACAGAUGCUUAUGGAGUUAUAAAUUUUCAAGGGGGCUCUCAUUCCUACAGAGCUAAGUAUGUGAGACUAUCAUAUGACACAAAACCAGAAAUCAUUCUACAACUUCUGCUUAAAGAAUGGCAAAUGGAAUUGCCAAAGCUUGUUAUCUCUGUACAUGGAGGUAUGCAGAAAUUUGAGUUGCAUCCACGAAUUAAGCAAUUGCUUGGAAAGGGUCUUAUUAAAGCUGCAGUUACAACCGGAGCCUGGAUUUUAACUGGAGGAGUUAAUACAGGUGUAGCAAAACAUGUUGGUGAUGCCCUUAAAGAACAUGCUUCCAGAUCAUCUCGAAAAAUUUGCACUAUUGGAAUAGCUCCAUGGGGAGUGAUUGAAAACAGAAAUGAUCUUGUUGGGAGAGAUGUCGUUGCUCCUUAUCAAACUUUACUGAACCCCCUGAGCAAACUCAAUGUUCUGAAUAAUCUCCAUUCCCACUUUAUUUUGGUGGAUGAUGGCACUGUUGGAAAGUAUGGGGCAGAAGUAAGACUGAGAAGAGAACUUGAAAAAACCAUUAAUCAACAAAGAAUUCAUGCUAGAAUUUGCCAAGGUGUUCCUGUCGUGGCACUUGUAUUUGAGGGUGGGCCAAAUGUUAUCCUUACUGUUUUAGAAUACCUUCAGGAGAGCCCCCCUGUUCCAGUAGUUGUGUGUGAAGGAACAGGCAGAGCUGCAGAUCUACUUGCAUACAUUCAUAAGCAAACUGAGGAAGAAGGGAAUCUUCUUGAUGCUGCAGAACCUGAUAUUAUCUCAACCAUCAAGAAAACAUUUAACUUUGGUCAGAGUGAAGCGGUUCAUUUAUUUCAAACGCUGAUGGAGUGCAUGAAAAAAAAGGAGCUUAUCACUGUUUUCCACAUUGGAUCAGAGGAGCAUCAAGAUAUAGAUGUAGCAAUACUUACUGCAUUGCUGAAAGGUACUAAUGCAUCUGCAUUUGACCAGCUUAUCCUUACACUGGCAUGGGACAGAGUUGACAUUGCCAAAAAUCAUGUGUUUGUGUAUGGACAGCAGUGGCUGGUUGGUUCUUUAGAACAAGCUAUGCUUGAUGCUCUUGUAAUGGAUAGAGUUGCAUUUGUGAAACUUCUUAUUGAAAAUGGAGUAAGCAUGCAUAAAUUCCUCACCAUUCCAAGAUUGGAAGAACUUUAUAACACUAAACAAGGACCAACUAAUCCAAUGCUGUUGCAUCUUAUUCGAGAUGUCAAACAGGGAAAUCUUCCUCCUGGAUAUAAAAUCACUCUAAUUGAUAUAGGACUUGUUAUUGAAUAUCUCAUGGGAGGAACCUACAGAUGCACCUAUACUCGGAAACGUUUUCGAUUAAUAUAUAAUAGUCUUGGUGGAAACAAUCGGAGAUCUGGCCGAAAUACCUCCAGUAGCACUCCUCAGUUGCGAAAGAGUCACGAGUCUUUUGGCAAUAGAGCAGAUAAAAAGGAAAAAAUGAGGCAUAAUCAUUUCAUUAAAACAGCACAGCCCUACAGACCAAAGAUUGAUACAGCUGUGGAAGAAGGAAAGAAGAAAAGAACCAAAGAUGAAAUUGUAGAUAUUGAUGAUCCAGAAACCAAGCGUUUUCCUUACCCACUUAAUGAAUUGUUAAUUUGGGCUUGCCUUAUGAAGAGGCAGGUCAUGGCCCGGUUUUUAUGGCAGCAUGGUGAAGAGUCAAUGGCUAAAGCAUUAGUUGCCUGUAAGAUCUAUCGUUCAAUGGCAUAUGAGGCAAAGCAGAGCGACCUGGUAGAUGAUACUUCAGAAGAACUGAAACAGUAUUCCAAUGAUUUUGGUCAGCUGGCUGUUGAAUUAUUAGAACAGUCGUUCAGGCAAGAUGAAACCAUGGCUAUGAAAUUGCUCACAUAUGAACUGAAAAAUUGGAGUAAUUCUACCUGCCUUAAAUUAGCAGUUUCUUCAAGACUUAGACCUUUUGUAGCUCACACGUGUACACAAAUGUUGUUAUCUGAUAUGUGGAUGGGAAGGCUUAAUAUGAGGAAAAAUUCAUGGUACAAGGUCAUAUUAAGCAUUUUAGUUCCACCUGCCAUAUUAAUGCUAGAAUAUAAAACUAAGGCUGAAAUGUCCCACAUCCCGCAAUCUCAAGAUGCUCAUCAGAUGACAAUGGAAGACAGUGAAAACAACUUUCAGAACAUAGCAGAAGACAUCCCCAUGGAAGUGUUUAAGGAAGUAAGGAUUUUGGGUAGUAAUGAAGGAAAGAACGAAAUGGAGAUACAAAUAAAAUCCAAAAAGCUUCCAAUCACACGAAAGUUCUAUGCCUUUUAUCAUGCACCCAUUGUAAAGUUCUGGUUUAACACGUUGGCGUAUUUAGGUUUUCUGAUGCUUUAUACAUUUGUAGUUCUUGUACAAAUGGAACGGUUACCUUCAGUUCAAGAAUGGAUUGUUAUUGCCUAUAUUUUUACCUAUGCCAUUGAGAAAGUCCGUGAGAUCUUCAUGUCUGAAGCUGGAAAAAUAAGCCAGAAGAUUAAAGUUUGGUUUAGUGAUUACUUCAAUAUCAGUGAUACAAUUGCCAUAAUUUCUUUCUUCAUUGGAUUUGGACUAAGAUUUGGAGCAAAAUGGAACUCUGAGAAUGCGUAUGAUAAUCAUGUUUUUGUGGCUGGAAGAUUAAUUUACUGUCUUAACAUAAUAUUUUGGUAUGUGCGUUUGCUAGAUUUUCUAGCAGUAAAUCAACAGGCAGGACCCUAUGUAAUGAUGAUUGGAAAAAUGGUGGCCAAUAUGUUCUACAUUGUUGUGAUUAUGGCUCUUGUGUUACUUAGUUUUGGUGUUCCCAGAAAGGCAAUACUCUAUCCUCAUGAAGCACCGUCUUGGACUCUUGCUAAAGAUAUAGUUUUUCAUCCAUACUGGAUGAUUUUUGGUGAAGUUUAUGCAUAUGAAAUUGAUGUGUGUGCAAAUGAUUCCUCUGUCCGUGAAAUCUGUGGUCCUGGGACAUGGCUGACUCCAUUUCUUCAAGCAGUCUACCUCUUUGUACAGUAUAUUAUUAUGGUUAAUCUUCUGAUUGCAUUUUUCAACAAUGUAUAUUUACAAGUGAAGGCAAUAUCCAAUAUUGUAUGGAAGUACCAGCGUUAUCAUUUUAUUAUGGCUUAUCAUGAGAAACCAGUUCUGCCUCCUCCGCUUAUCAUUCUUAGCCAUAUAGUUUCUCUUUUUUGCUGCAUAUGUAAAAGAAGAAAGAAAGAUAAGACCUCUAGUGGACCAAAACUUUUCCUAACAGAAGAAGAUCAAAAGAAACUACAUGAUUUUGAAGAACAGUGUGUUGAGAUGUAUUUUAAUGAAAAAGAUGACAAAUUUCAUUCUGGAAGUGAAGAGAGAAUUCGUGUCACUUUUGAAAGAGUGGAACAGAUGUGCAUUCAAAUUAAAGAAGUUGGAGAUCGUGUCAACUACAUAAAAAGAUCUUUACAGUCAUUAGAUUCUCAAAUUGGACAUUUACAGGAUCUUUCAGCCCUCACAGUAGAUACGUUGAAGACUCUCACUGCUCAGAAGGCUUCCGAAGCUAGCAAAGUUCACAAUGAAAUAACACGAGAACUGAGUAUUUCUAAACAUUUGACUCAAAACCUUAUUGAUGAUGGUCCUGUCAGACCUUCUGUGUGGAAAAAGCAUAGCGUUGCAAAUACGCUUAGCUCCUCUGUUCCUCGAGGUGAUGUUGAAAGUAAUAACCCCUUUUUUUGCAAUAUAUUUAUGAAACAUGAAAAAGAUUCCCAGUAUAAUAUAUUUGGUCAAGAUUUACCUAUAUUACCCCAGAGGAAAGAAUUCAAUUUUCCGGAGGCUGGUUCCUCUUGCAGUGCCUUAUUCUCAAGUGCUGUUUCUCCUUCAGAACUACGGCAGAGACGACAUGGCCUAGAAUUAUUAAAGGGAUUUAAUAAAAGUCAAAAACUAGGCAGUUCACCUAGUAGUACACCACAUCUGUCAUCCCCUCCAACCAAGUUUUCUGUUAGUACACCAUCCCAGCCAAGUUGCAAAAGUCACUUGGAAAGUGUAACCAAAGAUCAUGACACUGUUUGCUCUAAAGCUGCAGAAGGAGACAAUACAGAAUUUGGAGCAUUUGUGGGACAUAGAGAUAGUAUGGAUUUGCAGAGAUUUAAGGAAACAUCAAACAAAACAAAAGAAAUUCUAUCUGGACAGCAGAAUGAUGUAAGAAAAAUGAUUAUGGCAUAUGCAGAGAUGCCUAAAUAUCAGAGUGAUAAUCCCUCUGAAGACACUUUGAAACACGUGAGUUCUUUUGCUGGCUUUACUGAAUGUCACAGAACUCCAGAUUCUCUUCAUGUGGAACAAGGGGAAAUUGGUAGUCGAAGGCCUUCUGCAGAAGAUACUCAUGAAGUAGAUUCCAAAGCAGCCUUAUUACCGGAUUGGUUACAAGACAAACCAUCAAACAGAGAAACAUUGCCGUCUGAAGAAGGAACAUUAAAUGGUCUCGCCUCUCCUUUUAAGCCAGUUAUAGAUACCAAUUACUAUUACUCAGCUGUGGAAAGAAACAACUUGAUGAGGUUAUCCCAGAGCAUUCCAUUCACACCUGUGCCUCCAAGAGGUGAGCCUGUCACAGUGUAUCGUUUGGAAGAGAGUUCUCCUAGCAUACUGAAUAACAGUAUGUCUUCUUGGUCACAGCUAGGCCUCUGUGCCAAGAUAGAGUUUUUAAGUAAAGAGGAAAUGGGAGGAGGUUUACGAAGAGCUGUAAAAGUGCAGUGUACCUGGUCAGAACAUGAUAUCCUCAAAUCAGGACACCUGUAUAUUAUCAAGUCUUUUCUUCCCGAGGUGAUUAACACAUGGUCAAGUAUUUAUAAAGAAGAUACAGUUCUUCACCUCUGCCUCAGAGAAAUUCAACAACAGAGAGCAGCACAAAAGCUCACGUUUGCCUUCAAUCAGAUGAAACCUAAAUCUAUACCAUAUUCUCCAAGGUUCCUGGAAGUUUUCCUGCUGUAUUGCCAUUCAGCAGGACAGUGGUUUGCUGUGGAAGAGUGUAUGACCGGAGAAUUUAGAAAAUACAACAAUAAUAAUGGGGAUGAAAUUAUACCGACUAAUACACUGGAAGAGAUCAUGCUAGCCUUCAGCCACUGGACUUAUGAAUAUACCAGAGGCGAAUUACUGGUACUUGACUUACAAGGUGUAGGUGAAAAUUUGACUGACCCAUCUGUGAUAAAAGCAGAAGAAAAGAGAUCCUGUGAUAUGGUAUUUGGCCCAGCAAAUCUAGGGGAAGAUGCAAUAAAAAACUUCAGAGCAAAACAUCACUGUAAUUCUUGCUGUAGAAAGCUUAAACUUCCAGAUCUGAAGAGGAAUGACUAUACACCUGAUAAAAUUAUAUUUCCUCAGGAUGAGCCAUCAGAUUUGACUCUUCAACCUGAAAAUUCCACCAAAGAAGCAGAAUCAACGAAUUCUGUUCGUCUAAUGUUAUAAUAUUACAGAAUCAUUGACUUUAUUGACACCUUAAAAUGUUACUGUCACUUUUCCUUCAAGAGGAAGUUACCUAGUAAUCUAUAGAGGUGUGUGCAAAUUGGAUUUGCUGACUCCAGCACAGUUACAAGGUCAGCAUCUUUUUUGGCCUGAUAAAACUAGUCAAUCAGACACUCCCUAUAGGGCAGUCCUGGCAACUGAGAAUUUUAAAAGUAAUGAAAAAAUUAGUAUUUAUGACUUUCUAAAGGGCUUUUUGUAGCAGAGGAUCUCAUUUGACUUUGUUCUGACGAGGGUGAUCAUGCCCUCUUCCAUGGUGCAAUACCAUUAACCAAAGUUAGGUGUCCAUGCACAUUUUAUUGGCAGCUGGAGAAAUGAAGUAGGCCUUUUGGUUAAGUGGCAUUCCAAAGUCUUCCUCAACGUGUUAAGUGUGUUCCAUGAUGAUGUCACUUGGUUCCCAACUCUUUGCUUGUUGGCCACAAUAGAAAGAAGAUGGCCUGAUACAGUUCUGAAUUCCCAGGAAUAUGAGAAGGCGGAGCUGGUGACCAUUUUCUGAGAGACUUUAUUUGUGAAUCAGGGUUAGGCUCCAUAUUUAAAGAUAGAGCCAGUCUUUGUUAAGUAGAGCCCAAAUUGUGCAAAAAGUAUUGUUUUGGUUUUUUUACAUUGUUUCAUCAAGUCAUUGCUAAGUAGAAGAAAGCCAUGGUAAACUGGUAUAUAACCUAAACCUAUAAAAGGAAACCUCAGCUCACUGUUGAAGGGAAAUUACCUUGUGAGGAAAGUUCAAGUACUUUUUUCUUGUUAAUGUCUAUAGUGACAACCUGGAAGUUACACACUUCUCCAAAGAUUUUUAUUAACCAGUCAAAUCAGAUUGUAAAUAUGAACUUUCUUAUAUUUAAAAUUGUGUUGGAACAUCUGAACAUGAAUGUUUUUGUGGUACUUAUUUAAGAAAUUAAUUGAGUUGGAUUAUUAUGUAAUGUCGGGAGAUUGCAAUGCAACUUUAUGCCAAUAAAAUGGAACUUAACUGCCCCAGAUACUGUUGAAUAUUCAACAAGGAGAAAAGCUUUUCAUCUGACUAAAGUUUUAUGCUUUGAUUUUUUUUUUUUUCCUUUUCGUUUGUUUCCUAGGUACUAAUUUUAAUUUUCAUUUGGAAGAAAGCAGUAAAAAGCUUAUAUGUAUCCAGUAGUGUAUCUCAUAGAUACAGUCAAGGCAAAAAGAGAUAAUAAGCUGUUUAAAUAGUGUUUAAUAUUGAUGGGAGAAAGAAAAAGUGUAUUACUUAAAGAUAUUAUACUAUAUACAUUUUGUAUAUCAUUAAAUCUUUAAAAGAAAUUAAAUAAAUUUAUUCUUGUUU